CCCGCCCCCUCGCUGAAGUUGCUUAUACCAGGCAGCAGGAAGACUUUUAGCACAAGUUUCUGUUUAGACAAAAUCAUUUUCGUCGUUUCUUCUAUGUGCUGAUAGACUGUAUCAGCAGGGCUUUUUCUUUUUUGACAACUACAGUUGUAGUGAGUCGACAGUAUCACCCGUAGACUACAAACUGAAAGAUAGUAAACAUGGAUGUGGAGGACACUGAACAAAAGACGAUAACUCUUCUGAUAAAAACGCCCAACCAAGCUCAGGAGGACCAAGCCGUGGAAGGCGUUUGUCCGAACUGGACUGUGAAGGAUCUAAAAAGGCAUUUGUCGAUCGUUUACACAACUAGACCGGCUACAAGUGACCAGAGACUGAUCUAUGGUGGUAAACUGCUGCCAGAUCAUCUGCCCAUUAAAGAUCUCUUCAGACCGACUGACUCGUUUCCCACACUGCACCUGGUGUGUGCUACUCCGGCCCAAGGCCCCCUGGGAGCUAGACCUAAGACCAAAGAGACAGAGCAGCCCGGUCCCCCCCGUCCUCAGGCAGGCUCUGGUCCUCCGAGUCCUUCUGGCCCCUCAUCCUCAGUCCAGCCCCCCAGCUCACACUCACUGAGGCAGAGGAGGCACACCUCUUCACCUUCAGCUGCUGCAGCUCACACACCAGCCCCCAUGUCUCCACCAGCAUGGCCUGCUGCUCCAGUGCCUCCACAGAUGCUCCAGCCAGCCUUCCCCACCUACUCUCUGUACAGCCCCCAGCAGCUCAUGUGGCUCCAGCAUGUUUACGCUAGACAGUAUUACAUGCAAUACCAUGCAGCGCUGGCCGCAGCAGGCACUCUACCAUCAGCACCAGCUACAACCAUUGGCCAGUACCCUCCUGUUCCCGCCCACCAGGUACCUGUCCCAGCCCCAUUAGCCAAUCAGAAUCCCAUCGAAAACCUGCCCGCCAAUCAGAACCCAGUGCAGGAUGGUGCUUUCAUCAACCCUGGGGAGGCCAACCAGAACAUGAGGAUGAACGCGCAGGGGGGGCCGGUGAUGGAGGACGAGGACGACGUGGAGCGGGAUUGGCUGGACUGGAUGUACUCCGCUGCCAGAUUUGGCGUUCUGCUCAUGAUUGUGUACUUCAACUCCAACCUGAGCCGCUUCCUGCUGGUGAUGAGCACCCUGCUCCUCAUGUACCUACACACUGUUGGUUGGUUCCCCUUUAGAAGACGAGCGCAGGUCCAAGGACCCAACCCCCUGCAGCCCCCUGAAGUCCAGCACAACCAACAGAACGAGAACAGGAACCCUAACGCAGGGGAGGAGCCUGCUGACAGACAGAGGGAGGAGCCUGCCGCUGAAGAGGGCGGGUCAGAGGGACACGGACCAAUGGCGGCAGUGUUAGUGCCUCCUUACAGGGUGUCAGUCAUGUGGACGGCCUGGGUGUUCCUUAAAACGUUCUUCUCCUCCCUUAUUCCUGAGGUUGCCCAGGGGAUGGCCAACUGAUAACCUAGGAUAGAUACCUGAUAGAGACACCAUGAAUAAUCUCUGGAGCCAAAGGAAAACCUUUCAACUCAAGAAAAAUAAAAUCAGACAUGACUGUGACAUUCCUAUUAGCAAUAGUUAAAAAAGCUGCGGUUUGACAUUGGUCUUUCCUCAGAGUGUGACGCAAAGUUGAAAUGCCAGCAAAAUAAAAAGAUGCCAGAAUUAAAAAAUAUGUGGACUGGUUCCAAUGGACAGAGAGGACCAGAAUUAUCAGCAACAUUCCGAACAACUGUGCAUAGUUCAAUGGGAUCCCAUGCUAUUCCAGCUCUUUAUCUGACCUCUGUCUACUGAUAGUGGGUUUAUGCUCAUCCUCAGGCUUCCUGCUGCGUCACACUGAGACCCUUACCCAUGAAACAGCAGCGUGUAGCAGCCAAGAGUACCAAUAAACCUUUCACCUGAC